AUGUCUUCAGAAACAGUAGAUGUCGUGAUCGACUCUCUUGUCGCCGCCGGCGUCAAACACAUCUUUGGUGUUCCGGGCGCCAAGAUCGAUAGCGUCUUCAAUGCCCUAAUUGACCGCCCCGAGAUCCAGCUGGUCGUCUGCCGUCAUGAGCAGAAUGCCGCUUUCAUCGCCGGAGCGAUCGGCAGGAUCACAGGCCGACCCGGUGUGUGCAUUGCCACCUCCGGCCCGGGAACUAGCAACCUUGUCACCGGCCUCGUGACCGCCAACGAUGAGGGUGCACCCGUUGUUGCCAUUGUCGGCGAUGUCAAACGGGUGCAGGCUGCCAAGAAGACACAUCAGAGCUUGAGGGGCGUUCAACUACUCGAGCCCGUCACGAAAAAGACCACUGGCGCCGUGCAUCCCGAUCAGAUCUCGGAGAUUAUGCUCGAUGCCUUCAGAACCGCCACGGCGUACCCGCAGGGUGCAACAGCUAUCAGCCUACCAAUCGAUAUCAUGACAGUCGGAACCAAGACUUCUAUCCCUGCGCUGCCCCCGAGCGCCUUCACGCCGCCUCAGUAUGGCACGUCACCGUCAGCGUCACUGAGCAGGGCGGCAGCCAUGAUCCAAAAUGCAAAGUUCCCAGUCCUGUUCCUAGGGUCAAGGGCAGCAACACCAGAUGCCGUCGAAGCUGUCCACGGUUUCCUCCGCAAGCACCCCAUCCCCGUCGUCGAAACCUUCCAGGCCGCGGGUUCCAUCAGCCAGGAGCUCGCUCAUCUCUUCUACGGCCGCAUCGGCCUCUUCCGCAACCAACCCGGCGAUAAGCUAUUGUCCCAGGCUGAUCUCGUCAUCGUUGCAGGUUACGAUCAAUCCGAAUAUGACGCCGACGCCUGGCAUAAGAGCCAAAACCUUGAGAUCUUGCACCUGGAUUGGAUUCCCGCCGACUAUGGAGCCUUCUAUAACCCAAAACUCGAACUGGUGGGCGCCAUCGCCGCCAAUGUCAAGGCGCUGGGCGACAUCCUGGCAAACGUCUCCCGCCCGCAGGAAUCCGAGAUAGCAAAGUCCAUUUUCACAGAAUUCCACGCUUGGGAACAGAGCCCCCAGGCUCUGGGCCAGACCGGCGACGGUCCUGUGCACCCUCUCUACUUCAUUAAGCUCAUGCAGGGUCUGUUGCCCUCAUUGACGACUUUGACAUCGGACGUCGGCAGCAUGUACAUCUGGCUGUCGCGCUUCUACUUCGCAUACAGCCCCAAGUCUUUCCUCGUCUCCAACGUUCAGCAAACUCUCGGCGUGGCUCUCCCAUGGGCCAUUGGCGCCUCUCUAGCCCAGGAGCCGCCUUGCUCCAGAAAGGUCGUAAGCAUCAGUGGCGAUGGCGGCUUCCUCUACAGCGGACAGGAGCUAGUAACUGCCGUGAAGCAGGGGUGCAACAUCACGCACUUCAUCUGGAACGAUGGAAAGUAUAACAUGGUGGAGUUUCAGGAAGUCGACAAGUACGGCCGCAGUUCAGGCGUCGACUUGGGCGGGGUCGACUUUGUCAAGUAUGCCGAGGCAUUUGGUGCCAAGGGAUUGCGCGUCAGUCGUUCGUCGGAACUGGAAGCCGUCAUGAAGGAGGCUUUGAGUUAUCAGGGAGUCUGCAUCGUCGACGUUGAGAUUGACUACUCCCACAACCACGAGCUUAUGAAGAAUGUCAUCCAGGACAAUAUUAGUUAG